GAAAUUCUGGAUGAUAAGGCAAUAUCUGAACCAAAUAGACAAUUUCUAGAAAAUUGGAACCAGUAUAAGAGUUUUAAUCUUGAAUUAUCAAGAUGUCCUAGGAACAGGCAAAUUACACUUGGUACGAAACCGGAACUGACAGACUUAAUAAAUCAAGAAUUUACAAAAGUCUCCUGCAAGUUGUGAAUUACGGCGAGAAUAAAAGAUAUGUGUUCAUUUGUUUUCAAAAUCUGUUAAUGUUUAUUUCACUUGUGA